AUGGCCUCCCCGCAAAAUGAUAAUGGUUAUCUUCCGUUUCUCGACAGCCUCCCUGGGCGUGCUCAUCCUGCAGUUUUCACUGGGUGUGGCGUUGCCUACUCCCGAGCCAGCACCAUCACCACCCGGGAUCGAUCCCUGGAUGGCUAUAGCCGUGACAAGUUUCCUCACUGGAUUACCCAAAGCGGGAAAUGUGAUAUGCGAGAGGUUGUACUGAAACGAGACGGGACAGACGUCGUUCAAAGCUCUAGCUGUACGGCCACCAGUGGUACGUGGUACUCGCCAUACGACGGAGAAACAUGGACCGCCUCGAGUGAUCUUGACAUCGACCACGUUGUUCCACUGUCGAAUGCCUGGAAGUCGGGAGCCUCUGAGUGGACCACCCAAGAUCGACAAGCCUUCGCGAACGAUCUGACCCAUCCACAAUUGUUGGCGGUCACUGACAACGUCAACUCCCAGAAGAGGGACAAGGUCUCGUACCAUUGUACGUAUGCCGAGAUGUGGGUGAAGGUGAAGUCGGUUUACAACCUAACCAUCACGUCGGACGAAAAGAACGCCUUGGUCGAGAUGCUGGAUCAGUGCUGA